AUGAAUGAGGCAAGGAUAUUUGGCAUGUGGCUUAACACAGGGUUGAGAUCUCCUCACAGAUUUUACGUAAGAAACCUCAUUGGUGAGAAAGGGGCAACAAUGGUACCUCUGAACGUCCCACGAGAGACGACCCACUUGCUCAUGGCUCGCCAAGAACAAGAGCGCUUGACGAAGCUUGAAAUGGUUUGAAAGCGUCGUGGAAAAGGGGCACGCCAAGAGGGCAAUGGAAAGGGUGCCAUAAAAGCGUAA